AUUUAUUCAAGCCACAGCUGUUUGAACUUUUCCUUCUGGGAGGUUCAAUUCCACGACCAUGAUAUCAUACCAUUUGAAUAAGGCUACAGAAACAAUUUGCAGUCUCUGGUCAUGGUGGUGGGCAGGUAGCAACAAGAAAUUAGAUGUAGUAGCUGGAGCAGUUCUCACAGUUUCUAUUGCUGUACUUGCAAUCUUAUGGUACUUACGUACAUCAAGGAAAGGAACAGCUCCAUGGCCGCCGGGUCCUCGUGGCUUGCCGGUUGUUGGAUAUCUCCCUUUUCUGGGCAGCAACCUUCAUCAUUCAUUUGCAGAAUUGGCUCAUCUCUAUGGCCCAAUCUUCAAGCUCUGGCUUGGAAACAAGCUUUGUGUUGUGUUGAGUUCCCCGUCCCUAGCAAAACAAGUGGUCCGCGACCAAGACAUCAUAUUCGCUAACCGUGAUCCGCCAGUUGCAGCAUUCGCCUACACAUAUGGUGGAAUCGAUAUUGCAUGGUCUCCCUAUGGCUCCUACUGGCGCAAUCUGCGAAAGGUGUUUGUGAGAGAAAUGCUGAGUAACACUAGCCUUGAAGCUUGUUACCCACUUCAAAGGUCCGAAGUCAGAAAGGCUAUUACCAAUGUGUAUUCCAAAAUUGGCACACCUACGGACAUUGGCCAAUUGUCGUUCCAAACUGUUGUUAAUGUCACGCUCAGUUCCUUGUGGGGCAACACCCCUGAAGCCCACAACGAUGGUAAAAUUGGAGCCGAGUUUCGGGAGGCGGCGUGUGAAAUCACUGAAUUGUUGGGAAAACCAAACAUCUCCGAUUUUUUCCCGACGCUUGCUGGGUUUGAUAUACAAGGGGUGGAGCGACAAAUGAAGAGAGCCUUCCUCUCGGCUGAACAGGUUAUCGAUUCCAUCAUCGAUCAAAAGAUGAAAAAAAGAACUGCUAAAGAAGAGGGGGCAUCUGACGACGGAGAAAAGAAGGAUUUUCUGCAGUUCCUCUUGGAUCUCAAGGAGAAGGAAGACACUGAAACACCGAUCACCAUGACACAAAUCAAGGCCUUGUUGAUGGACAUCUUGGUAGGCGGAACAGACACAACAGCCACAAUGGUCGAGUGGGUGAUGGCGGAGAUGAUUCGAAAUCCGGUGAUAAUGAAAAGGGCACAAGAAGAAUUAACAAAUGUCGUAGGGAUGGGCAACAUUGUGGAAGAGUCACAUCUGCCUAAAUUACAGUAUAUGGAUGCAGUUAUCAAGGAGUCACUCCGAUUACACCCAGCAGUCCCACUCCUGGUCCCCAAGUGUCCAAGCCAAGAUUGCACAGUGGGUGGGUACACUAUACCAAAAGGUACUAAGGUAUUUUUAAAUGUCUGGGCAAUACAUAGGGAUCCACAGAUUUGGGAUAGUCCUUCUGAGUUCAAGCCAGAGAGGUUCUUGAGUGAGCCUGGUAGAUGGGACUACACAGGCAACAAUUUCCAAUAUCUUCCAUUUGGAUCAGGGAGAAGAAUAUGCGCAGGGAUCCCUCUGGCAGAAAGAAUGACAAUAUACUUGUUGGCAUCACUCCUGCAUUCAUUCAAUUGGCAGUUGCCGGAAGGUGAAGACCUUGACCUCUCAGAGAAGUUUGGGAUUGUUCUAAAGAAGAGAACACCACUAGUUGCUAUCCCCACAAAAAGACUUUCCAGCUCAGAUCUCUAUCUUUAAUGGAAAGUGGUUCGAAUUGAAGGAAUAAAAUUGUUGUUUAUUUUGUAUCCGCUCAUCCAGUCUUGCAAGUCUCAAUGAAUAAGGUGCAUCUCUGAUAAAUUGAUCCACAGGGGUUUCACGUCCCUGUCUUGAAAUUAUAUUCUGAGGAGUGUUGAGUUUAGGUUAGGUUACGUCCUUUGCGUGCCCUUUUAAGCUCCUUUUAAGAUAUGGUUUGAGAUUUGAUGGGACCAUAGGUCUCUUUCAGAUAGGGUUUGAUAGAACUUAUUUCCUUAUCCCUGGGGUUGCAAAAAUAUUUUAUAUCAUCCUCCCACUAUUUUCUAGUAGAUUCAGAUGUACCGUCAAAAAAAGAUCAUGAUUCUUUAUCAAUCUGUGUUGUCUUGUUGUCACUGUGUCAUGUGUCAUGUGUCAUGUGUCAUGUGUCUCCCGGUAUAAUGGUGAGUGGCGUCAAUGAUCAUGGUGCUUUCAGUUGAGGUGGUAUAAGGGUCACACCUCUUUUAAUGACCCUGGCUAUUGGGCAUGGUCGUGCGUGGGAAGCUAGAAUUAAUCUUACAAUUUCUAUGGCUGUACUACAUUCUUAUGGCACUCACGGGCAUCUGCCCAGUUGAGAAAAGGAAUAGUCCCAUUG